AUGCAGGAUGACUGGGGAUUGGGGACCUCAAAGUUCAAGCUGGCUGCUGACGGUGCCACAGACGCCCUGCGCCACGUGGGUCCAUUGUUGCUUAUCGCUUAUCGCCACGUGAUCGGCAACGCCUCUCCAUCUCAAGUCCGACCUCCGACCAACAACAGCAUCGACUCGGUCACUUAUGAUGCUCUAUUCAUGGAAACAUUGCACGACACGGAGCCGAUCGAGCGGAAAGUCCAGCUGUCGCCAGGAUUUCGAGAUCUGACAUUCAGAGAGCAGCCUGCCGAUGACCUCAAGUCACCUCACAACCGGAUAAACGAGAUGGACGCUUCUAAGCGAAGCCGGGGAUCUGAUGCUGGGCCGGUGGGGAAACACCGAGAACGAAAACGAAAACGAUAG